CAGUAGAUGGGGCUGUUGUGACAUAAUGCUAGUCAAAACAAGGACGAAGAAGACCGUGUACAUGCUAGCACGAUAGCAACUGUCAGGUUAUAUUGUGGACAGGAAAAUAUGGAUAAAAAGAAGAAGCAGUUGAACGUGGCAGCUUCAUCGCUAGUGGACCUUAAAGCUGAAUUGUACAGAAAACAGGAGCAGUUUAAACGAGAGAAACUCGGACAAGAAAACUCUGAUGCUGGACUCAAAGCAAAAUCCACAGUCAAGAAACCUAAUAUCUGGAGUAAAACAAACGCAGGUGUUUCAGCAAGAGCUGCAAAAGAUGCGGAGCAACUGGCAGAGGAGCAAAUCACCCUUGACACAACAAAGCGCAAGCUGGAGGAAAAGGCCAGACUCUAUGAUCAGAUGUCAAAAGGAGGUUUUCUAGAUGAAGAAACAGAGGGAUUGUACCUUGUUGACUUCACCCAGAAGAUUAUUGACAAAAAGAGAGAAACACAAGCAAAAAAGGAGAUGGAAAAAGAGGAUGAGGAAGGAGACAUCUCAUCACCUAUCCCUCCUCCUCAGAACCCAGAUGAGGAAUGGGUGGACUUUGUGGAUGCUUUGGGACGAUCUCGAAGAUGCAUGAAGAAAGAUCUACCAGAUUUUAAGAAACUGGACCAGGACAUUAAAGGAAAAAGAACAACACCAUCUGAGAAGACCUUGCUCUCAGAGGACAUGCGCCGAGAGCUGCAGAGGCAGGAGUGGGAGAUGGAGGAAGAGGAGGCUAUGAAGAGGCCUGUUGGACCAAUCCACUAUGAGGAUAUUAGGGCACAAGAGGCUCGAGAUCUUGGAGUGGGCUACUUUGCUUUCUCUCAGGAUGCAGAGCAACGCAGGAAGCAGAGAGAAACUCUGGACAUGCUCAGAGACCAGACAACGGAUCAGCGCACUAAGAGGGAACGACUGAAGGAGAAGAGGCAGGUCAUCCUGCAGGCUCGGUUAGCCAAGGUGAGGCAGAGGAAGAUGAAGAAGGCAAAGCUGGAUGGCACUGAGGAAGAGGAGCAAGAGGAGGACAAUCCAGGAGAGAAAAAUGAAGAGGAGGAAGAGGUUGAAACAACGGGGCCCUUCCCUCACCCUGACGAGCCUCCAGAGGUCAGCAUUUCAAAGAGGGUAGAAGUGGAAAUUCAGGAGAGACGGGACACCAAACCAGGAGUUCCUCAUGUCAGAGAAUGGGACAGAGGCAAAGAAUUCAUGUUUAGUGAGUGGAAAUCCCGCCGCCGAGAUGAACGAGAUUCAGAAUUUGCUCCUCCUUCUGCGUACUUUGCUGAUAAAAGGAGACCAAAAUUAGGGAAUUCUAUGGAUCAGAAGAAUAAGUCCAACAUGCCAUUCCACGGGACAAAAUAUCCAAGUGGAAUCUCUGAGAGCAAGGCUGAACCACAGCAUCCGCCUCCAACUGUUUCUUCACCUCCUAAAACUCAACAAAAUCCUCCAGCAUCUUCGCCACCUUCAAAGCCACCACCUACACAGAGCUCACCACUUUCAGCUCCCCCGUUUAAUCCUCAUUACCCCCCUCCUCAGUUUUAUCCUCCAUUUUCUCCUCCCUUUUCCUCUCAGUUUGCAGGUCCACCUCAUGUCCUUCCGCCAUUUCCCCCACAGUAUCCAUACCAGUAUCCACCCCAGUAUCCACCUCCGCCUGCAGAUCAAAGCCAAACUCAGGAACAGCCUCAAGCUGCUCCUCAGAAUCUGGAUGACAUGCUGUCCUUUUACAGGAACUCUACCUGAUGCCUGCUUUCUGCAAAAGUAAACAUUGUUGGAGGAACAAUGGAAAGAAAUGUCUCAGCUCUUUGAAUUUGAAUAAUUUAAUAGAAUUCCUUUUUUUUUUUUUUAUUGACGCUGCUCUCUCUUUCUUGUUUGUCUUUUUGUCCAAACAAAAAGCUGCUGUUUUGGGGGAAAAGGGUUGGACAGUACUUGUAUUGUGUAACCUGUUCAAAGGAUUGUUGGAGGUCUCAGGUUUGAGUUGCAGUUUGAAAAUGUCCACAAGGUAGUGCUAUACAGCUUUAUUAGUACGGUCUUUGCAAAUGAUGCUGCAGUGAUUUUUCCCCUGUUAAGUCUAGAGAUGCUUCCUAGAUUAUUACUAAAAUUAUCUGUAAAGAUCUUUACGUUCACCAUAUCUCUUUUCCUAUUUCUUUCUACACACACACACACACACACACACACACACACACACACACACGGCAUCAAACUCAAGGACUGCACAUACUCAGUAGCUGAAACUAAAAAAACAUUUUGACUUGAAAUCCAAAAUUUAUGAAUAAGUGUUUUAUUUGUGGUGUGUAGGUUUGCUAAUUGAAACAAUCCAUAUUGCAUUAAUAAACUUGUUUAGCUAUUGAA